CGGGAGGUGCUCACGCUGCAGUUGGGACAUUUUGCGGGUUUCGUGGGAGCGCACUGGUGGAACCAGCAGGAUGCUGGGCUGGGCGGAGCGGCCGAUGAUGGCGAGGAGGCGGCGGGAGAACUAUGUCCCGACGUCCUGUAUCGGACCGGCCAGACGCUGCACGGCCAGGAGACCUACACGCCGCGACUCAUCCUCAUGGAUCUGAAGGGUAGCCUGAGCUCCCUCAAAGAGGAAGGUGCUCUCUACAGGGACAAACUGCUAGACGCUGCAAUAGCAUGGCAGGGAAAGCUCACCACACACAAAGAAGACCUCUGUCCCAAGAACCCUUAUCUCCAGGACCUUCCGCGUGCUGAGGGAGUGCUGAGCAGUGACGGCGUCUGGAGGGUCAAAUCUAUUCCCAAUGGCAAAGGCCUCCCACCCUGCACCACUGCAACUCCAAAGCCACUGAUCCCCACGGAGGGCAGCAUCAGAGUCUGGUCGGACUUCCUCAGAGUCCACCUCCAUCCCCGGAGCAUCUGUAUGAUUCAGAAGUACAACCACGAUGGGGAAACAGGGAGGCUGGAAGCUUUUGGCCAAGGGGAGAGCGUCCUGAAGGAACCCAGGUACCUGGAAGAGCUGGAAGACAGGCUACACUUCUACGUGGAGGAGUGUGACUACUUGCAGGGCUUCCAGAUCCUGUGUGACCUACACGAUGGUUUCUCUGGGGUAGGCGCUAAGGCCUCAGAGCUACUACAAGACGAGUAUUCGGGGCGAGGAAUAAUAACCUGGGGCUUGCUCCCUGGUCCCUACAAUCUAGGGGAGCCCCAGAAAAACGUCUACCGUCUGCUAAACACAGCUUUCGGUCUGGUGCACCUGGCUGCGCACAGCUCUCUCGUCUGCCCCCUAUCGCUGGGUGGGAGCUUGGGCCUGCGACCGGAACCACCCGUCACCUUCCCUUACCUGCAUUAUGAUGCCACUCUGCCCUUCCACUGCAGUGCCAUCCUGGCCACGGCCCUGGACACGGUCACUGCUCCUUACCGCCUCCGCGCCUCUCCAGUUCCCAUGGUUCAUCUGGCCGACAUGCUGGGCUUCUCUGGGAAGAAGGUGGUGGCGGCAGCAGCAGCCAUCCCCUUCCCCUUGAUUCCAGGCCAGUCCCUUCCUGAUACUCUGGCGCAGCUGGGAGGAGCCACCCCGUGGACAUCACUGUCUGCGUGUGGGGACCCUUCCGGAGCACGCUGCUUUGCCCAGUCGGUCGUGCUGAGGGGAAUAGACAAAGCACGCCACACCAGAGAAAGGCUGCGGCGGAAAACAGAACGGGAUGGCGAGAAUCAUCCUGAGAAAGGCCGCAGAGGAGGACAGCAGAGAAUCGUCCCGGAAACCUGUUCGACUGUCUCCCGGGUCAGGACACCCGGGGAUACCUCUGCCAGCCCUCUCCAUGCAUGUACCACGGGGGAAGAAGUCCUGGCCCAGUAUCUACAACAGCAACAGCCUAGGGCCACGAGCUCUUCCCACCUGCUGCUGACGCCCUGCCGGGUGGCUCCUCCCUACCCUCACCUCUUCUCCAACUUGAUCCAGCAGGGUGUGGUUCUUGAAGGUCCCCCUGUGGGAGCAGCAGGGGACAGUGUCCCCGUGUUUGGGGCCUUGUGCUCCUCUGCAUCCUUGCACCGCACCCUGGGAGGCUUAGCCAGAGAGCUCACCAGACUCGACCUGCGGCACUGGGCCAGCUUCCUGGCUGCUGGAGUGGAGCAGGAUGACGUGGAGGAACUGCUGCAGGAGCUGCACAGCCUGGCCCGGUGCUACCAGGACAGCGACAGCCUCGUGGACUAACGCUCCAAGGGUGGGGGAAGAGCUAGUUUGCGAUAAAACUGCUGGAUGCAGGAGCCCAGUGUCU